CAUGCACGCUGGCACCAUGUGCUUCCAGUGCCCCAUCUGUCAAGACAAGGACCGGUUCCGUAUGGAAAUGUCCACUCUAGGGAUCCAAAUCCCAGUCAGGAGACCAUCUUGGUGGGAUGACAACACCUACCCAUCACUUCUGCAGAGGCACGGGCGCUGCGACGUCAGAAAGUGCCUCUACCCAGGAGGCAGGGAGCAGGAAGAGGCGGAUGGGCCCUGGCAGCUGCUGCUCUGCAGUUCCUGUGCUGCAGAAGGGACCCACCGGCAAUGCUCCUACCUGAGCAACAGAGUUGGCAGCUGGGAGUGUGACAGCUGUGCUGGCAUAGGCACUGCCUCCAGCAGCAACGUGGAGCGUGCCGGCCCCAGUACUUCCAGCCAAGGGGCUCUGGAGCCGGCCCGUGGCUCCCAGGGGCCAGAGAACAGCCGCCUGCCCAGUGAGCGUGGGGCACGGCAGAGGGCAAUCCGUCCACGUCUCCAUGAAGACCAGGAGACAUCUCAGCAGCGCCGAGGAUGCCGUGGACGUGCACGUACAACAGCCCCACGCACCAACAGCAUCUCCCGCAGAUCCACCCAGCAGAGGUCAUCUUGGUCCUCCAGAGGUUCCCCGGUGGUUGCACCCAGGAGGAGUCUCAGGCUGCAGGGGACGGGCCGGGAACGAAGCCGCUCUCCACUACAUCGGGCUUCACGUUCCCAGAGCCAGCCCAGAAGCCGUGGCAGCAGACAGAUGCCACACCAAGCUGCACAGAGCAGCACGCUCGGCUCAGCCAGCCCAGGAACAUCAGGGCCCUCGGGAGAUUCCGUAGUGCGGGAACACAGAAGACCCUCCAGGCAGCAAGGGAGGUCCCGUCCAUGAAGCCGUUCCACAGCAGGAUGUCAGGCUGCGACUUCCAUCAGAGACCCAAACACGCCGUGGCAGCCUGUCCAGACAGUGGCAGCCAGCCUGAGUACAAAGCUGCUCCCAGGUCCAUCUGCAGAACCAUACUCCCCACAGCCAGACCCUCAGUCUGCAUAGGAGCAGCUAUGUGCCAAUGACACAUGCUCUACCUGGUCAGCAACAGCCAGCAUCAAGACAAGAAAUCCCACUCAUUUCCAUCAGCUUCAUUCUUCCCAUCUCAAGACAAAAAAUCCCCCUCAUUUACAUCAGCUUUAUUCUUCCAAUAUCAAAACAAUAAAUCCCACCCAUUAACACCAGCUUCGUUCUUCUUGUCUUUUUCUUGGCGUUCUCAGAGUU